AUGCUGUCGCUGGCGGGCCUGCUUCUGCCCGCCCUCCUCUCUGCGGUACCAACAGGACGGACCCCCCUCUGGAUCAACGAGUGGGCUGAAGACGCGGCGGAUGACAAACUGGGCGGUGAGAUUAUGGAUGGCAUCGCGGGGGGGAUAUCGCAAGCGGAGGACUUCCUCGAUGAGCAGGGCAUCUCUGUCGAAGACCAAGACUGGUGCAGCCAUGCACAAAAGCUUAAAAAGGCACUCGACUCGCUCACCAAGUCGGCCGAGUCAAUCGACUAUGAUGAGACUCUCAAUGACAUCUCGUCGCCAGAGUUCUACGCGAGUACUACGAUCUCGCUCUGUCUCGGCGGAGCGCUUCUCCUCGCGCCGAUCCUCCUCGGCCCAAGUUGGCCGUCCUACCUCAUUUGGAUCGUCGCAGCGCUUCUCGGUGCCAUAAUCGGCAACAAGCUGAUGACUGCGACGGGCCUGUUGAGCGGGCACUUUGUCAAUGAAAACGAGGACGGGCCAAAGCCGAUGCACUGCGUCCUCGGCAUUGCAGGCGUUGCGAUUUUCACACUCGUCCUCGCGUUUUGGGCGCUCGCACAAGUCAAGACGGCUUUCUUUUGUCUCGGCGCGAUUCUCGGCGGCUACCUAGCGAAACAGGGCAUUGGGCUCGCCAAGCCGUGGCUGGAGGAGGAGCAGGGCCUCGAUCUGGAUAGCAAAGACAACCAGUACUACAUCUGGGGCACAAUAGCAGUCGCCUCGCUCUUGGGUGGCUGCUUCAUCGCGGGGAAGAAGGACGCCAUAAUCGACACGGCGGCAGGCCUGUUCGGAGCGUUGCUGGUCGCUCAGGGCGUCCUGCUCUACGCGGAGACGUGCGAGCCAAUCACGGACUGGUUGGACGAGGCGGGCAUGUCGCUCAACAAGUUCCACUCGUACUGGUUCGCGGGGAUCGCAGCCGUGCUCUUCCUCCUGCGCGCCUACCUGUCAAAGGGUGGGGGCGGCACGAAUGAGUUUGGUCAGAAGAAGCCGCUGGUCUUGGCCUGA